AUGGGUCGAGGGAAAAAUCGGGCCUCAGUUUUUGGAGGUCAGCGAACAGAUGAUGGGCCACCAGUGCAUGUUAAUGUUUUUGGUGCUCCACUUGAAACUUCUGGAUUAACCGUAUCUGUUCACCCAUUUAUGCCGGAACAAAAUAAUACGCCAGGCGAACUCUUCUUCGAAUGCACACUAUUUCUAUACUCCGUCCUGGCCUUAUUUCUACAAUAUUUAAAUCUAUAUAAAUCACUAUGGUGGUUGCCGAAAUCUUAUUGGCAUUAUAGCAUAAAAUUCCACCAAAUUAAUCCGUAUUUUCUUUCUUGUGUCGGUCUACUACUUGGGCUGCGGGUGACGAAUUGUUUUUGGAAAACAAUCACCGAAGUGGUUGCAAAGCUUUCUAACAAUCGAAAUCAAUUUAUCCAAUCGGUGCUGACCGUUAUUGAAUAUGCAUUUAUCAAAACACCAAUGAUGACAAUGGUCAUUACAUCAUUCAUGUUCAGCUUUACAAAAGUGUGGCACGAUUUCCCGCCUUCACUUGUUAUGCAGUUUUUCUAUCCGUUGAUCUUCUACACCUAUUUAUUCUAUAGCGAAUUAAAACACAAAUACCAAAGGGUUCGGGAAGCUGUUGGGCUAUGGUUUAGUGGUGAAGUAGAGGUCGUUGAGAUUUUUGAACGUUUCUCGGAACCAGCACCACAAUCUCUCGAUCAUGAAUCGAUUGCCCAUAUGUGUAGCGCACAACCAGCCCAAAUCCGUGAGGAAGUUUCCAUUCUGGCCGAAGAUUUUUAUCAUCGUUUGAAGAGAUGCUUCUUCGCGGGGAUUUCAACGGCUUUUCUUUCAGUUUAUUUACCAUGUGUUUUUGCUCCGUACAAAACCAACUUCGGACUACCACAGAAAAUCUUGAUAGAUGCGUUUUGGGAGGCAAGAUAUUUUGUAUAUGCCGCCGUGCAUCUCGGUUCAUGGGAGCAUUUGGACGAUAGUUCAAGGGUUCAAGGGUAUCACGAGAGAAGAGUUUGGGCAGAAACAGACGGUCUACACCCUACUGGAUCCGUUGUAAGCCUUGCUGAUGAACGAAGAUAUUUGGCUGUGGGUAACGCCGAACUUGGAACCGUUGCUGCUCAACCCGGGAAUUACGAGCAUCAGAUGUUUUAUUCAAUCUGCAAAGGCCCCUGUACGCUUGUCAACUAUCUAUGCAUCUUUGAAGGCAUCCUAAUUGCUGUGCAGUUUUGGAUGCUGGUUCUUACAACUGAAUGGCAGCACAUCUGCACUCUAGUGCUUUUAAUGUUUGCAAACUAUCUGUUACUUGGAAAGCUAUUCAAGGAUAAGGUAUUCCUUGGCCGCAUCUACGACCCGUCUCCAGAAGAUAAAGCCUUGAUGGACCAGCUUCGCCAAGAGAUGCAGAAGCAACAA